AUGACGGAGCUGAGCGCUGCCAUGGGCAAUGAGCGGCUGCCGGCUGAGCCAGGCAAGCCAUCGCCAGGGGAGCUUGUGGACCGAUGCUCGCAGGCUUUGAAGGAGGCGGCGGGCGAGGAGAUUGCGGCCAACGCGGCUGGGGUUAUCGCCCUCUUCGCCUCCAUCACCAUUCCCGUUGAUGCCAACGGUCACAGCUCUCACGAGUUGGCGAUGCUGCAGCCGGUGGUGAACCGCGUGCUGCGGUGGAGGAACGCAGCCAAGGCAGCCACUGGCAGGGUCCACUGCUGCCGACGGCGCGGGGUUCACGCGUAG